AUGAUGAACAUCUUUUUAUCAGUACUCGUACCUCUCUUGAUUGGCGUGGCUACUGUUCUCAUCGCUGUUAUUCAAUUGCAAAUUGCCAACAAACAACGUGCUCAUGAUCUUCAGAUCAGCAAUGAACGACGUGAACAAGACUUGCGUGCUGCUGCUACUUUACAACAAGAUCUGGUUCUUGCUGCGUACAUCGAACAGAUGUCUGAUCUGAUGUUGAGAUCGGGUUUUACCAUCAACGAUACAACAGUAGCCAAUAUUUGUCGCGCUAAAACGCUGACAGCUAUUCGUCAACUUGAUCCAAAGCGUAAGACUUAUUUGAUCAGAUUUUUAUAUGAAGCACGUAUGAUUCGCCAUAACCAGCCGCAUAUUGAUCUAUCAGACGCCGUAUUAGACAAUAUUGAUCUGUCGGCUAAGUAUACUCCUAUGGAAUGGGCAGCAUUCGAGGCAAGUCGUACCACUGAAGCCUAUCGGACUUCUCUCUCCGAAGUCUUCUUCAAACGAGUAUCCCUCAAUCAUGCCACGUUUACAAAUUUGUACAUUAACCAUAGUAGUUUUCAGGAAGCUUCUCUCAUAGGAGCCAACUUCACUGGUUCCUUAUUUUCAUCCGUGAGUUUUGUUCGUGCCAUACUACAAAAUUCCAGUUUUCGUGACGCAAAAAACACUAUUGCAAUCGAUUUCAAGUCUGCUGAUCUGUUUGGCUCGGAUAUAUCCGAUAAAUUAUUGCUUGAUGCAAUUUCAAUUGAAGAUGCUAUUCUCCCGAAUGGGACACGCGGUGUUCAACCAAAUUUGGUAGCAUAUGGAGACGCCGAGUCUCCGGAUUGUGAAACUAACGCAUCGAUACCUUCAGCAUGGCAUGUAGAACAAAUAUCUAGCAAUGUCACUUUGAGUGUAGCGAGUUAUCUUGCUGCUCCAAGCGUGACGUAUCCCGCAAAUGUGCAGAUACAUAGUGGCCGAUGUUUCUAUGUGGUACGUGGGCGAGAAGGACAAGUGAUGAUGCGUCAAACCAUACGCGCUCCAACGCGCUAUAUUGCCUAUUCUAAAAAUAUUAGUCUUACGUUUCUAUUAGUUUGUGCGCCGGUUGCAACUGUUGGACGAGGGCAAGCUUCUAUUCAACUUUACAUAGAACAAAUUGAUAACAAGGGAAUGUCGCUGGCCAACUAUACAAGAAAAUAUACCGCUCUAACUUCAUCGGUGCGAGUUGUUCAAUGGCACCCACAGGUUGAUCGAUUUAUUAUCACUUUGGUCUUCAAUCGAUUUUCUGCUCCAUUGAAUGCAAACAAUACAGACAGUGAUAUUUUUAUUUAUUGCGACAAUAUUUAUUUUACAGCGGUGCCUGAUCGUCGAGAAGAAUGA